UCCGCCCGGGUCGGACACGUACCUAUGCCGCUCUACCGCUCGAACGAGCGCACCCGAACGCACUCCCGAUAAAUCAUAGUUGGUAAUCAACUAAAACGUGAUACGCGAACUUGACGAAAUAUCGCAGAAUCGUAAGGAAACGUACAGUGGGAAAUGUUACUAGUAUCCAUUACCUUCCCUGUGUAACGUGGAUUUGCACCAAUAUGCCAGUGUUGAUAGAGUUACAAUAACCACAAGUGAAUACGAUCCAGUUAGAAACGGUACGAAAGUGACACGGCGUUGGGAAACUUACGCGGUUAUGAAAAACAUCAACUAAUGUAAACGGUAUCCUCUAAAGUGCUCUGCUCGUUAUUCAACCCCGUCGGACUUAACUCAGAUCGUGUGAACGCGUCCGCAAGCCCCGACUCGUUUGCGGCUUCACGUAAACCGACCCGGACCGGUGGUGUUGCAAAUCCACACGAAAUGGUGCAAUACUGAUUCCUCAAACAUGUACGUAAUGUGUAUAUUGGAUCGCCGAAUGUUGCGAUGUGAUUACAAUUGUAUUAGUUAAAGAGUCCCACGCCGGGCGCCAAGUUUGUUGCUGCUUGUUGCACUGUCUACGUCGAACUGGUGAAGGCUGUACUAGGGUUGUAGUGCGGGGUAUGCGAGGCGGGGUUGUGCAGUGACGGCGCCCGGGCGGCUGCCAUGGGCGCGGCGCGCCAUGCCUCCGCGCACGCGCCCGCUGCGGCUGCUUCUCGCGGCGCUGGCGCUGGCCUCGUGCGCCGCGGCCCCCGCACCAGAGGCGCGCGCGCAGCGCUCUGCGAACCUCAGCCACAUAACUGGCACGUCGCGCACCAUACAAAUGUUCCUCAAGAAUCGUUAUCUUCAACUCAUGCCCGAUGGCACUGUCAACGGCACGACAGACGGCAACAGCGUUUACACAAUACUACAACGCGCUACGUACAAGGUUGGCCUCCUGACGAUCCAGGGGGUAUCAACAUGUCUCUAUCUCUGCAUGGAUGCUUGCGGGUUCCAGUACGCGCAUAAGGAUCUCUCAGAAGAUUGCGUCUUCGAGGAACAUAUAGAAGAAAACAAUUACAAUACAUACUCCCGAAUCCGUGCUGGCAAGAAAACCUACCUAGCGUUAGAUAACCGUGGAAAGGCAAGGAGGACCCAGAUACCAAUGAACCGACCUCUGGGGAACUUGUCGACAUACGCGCUUACGCUCACCUUGCGUUGGGAAGGACCGAGACAGACACAAUGCCCGCCGAGACGGCAUCGCGGUAAACUGAAAAAGCCGCCGUUGUACCGCAGACUCUGUCAGAGGCGUGUCCAGAAACAAAACAUGAGGCACAAAAGAAAGCACAAGAAGGCUAACGACCCCAAAAAGAAGAAGCAACCGAAAACGCGAAGAAAACACGAAAAUGGAACUACGACGACGACGGAGAUCAGCUGGGAUGAGUCGACCAUGUCGACCAUAUCGACGACAGAUGUGGAGUUUUUUCGGUCGGCGACCGCGCAGGAGGCGGUCGGACGCGCGUGAGCCGCUCGCUGAUCGCGGUCGGAGCAGCCGUUGCGCUCGCAUACUAGCACUGUUCCACACUUACACGUGCAAGAAUCUCUAUAGCAUUCCUCAUCAGUGCCAUCCCGGAUGACGAUGACGGGAUAGCACGCGAAUUUAUAAAUACGACAAAGUAGCAUUGCUCUCUUAGACGAAUCGUUCCGGUCUAACCUGUUCGCUAGGCGUGUGACUCGAAGCGUCAGUCACAGAUACUAGACCAUGAGCUAUAUAUUUAUUUUCUUUACUAGUACCUAGUAAUGGAAUAAUACACAAAAUACUCAUUUAUGAGCUGAUGGUUGAAGCGAGACAAUGAUUGUCUUCAAGUGGAUUACAUUGUGUAACAAUAUAACGAAUGAUAUUACUCUACCAAAGCUACUGAAAUUAUCUAUCUCAAUUUAUAUUCCUAGUUCGCUUUAAAAUGUAGGUUUAUCGGCAAGAUUCCAUUGUCUUAGUUACUGUUACCCAUCGUGAAAUUAAUUAUGUAGAAGAUAUUAUAAAGUUUUUCAUUCGUUAACGAAUAAUUAAAACUUUUUGUUUUAGAAGAGUGGAGAUUAUCGUUUGGUAAGGUGGAACUGUGUUAGAAGAUGGCAAAUGACUCUUGCUAGUGUGUAUUUGAACAAUGUUCUAACUACUCCUUCUCACUGUUGGGUACGGGUUUCUUCUUGAAACCUAGAGUCCUCUGUAGAGACUUUUCACAUUUUCCAGGGAUUGUAAACCUUCUUCAACAUGUUUUCCUUCACCGUGAGAUAUUGGACUAUCGAUUAGUUAGCUAAUAAGCAACCUUUGCCUCACGGGGCUACCACCACUAUCAUAAAUCUGCUUCAUUAUA